UUUUUUUAAAGUAUUUUACCGAGCGAAAAGCUGAAAUUUUCCAACACCUUCUCCGGCAACCUCGCCCGAGCACCGCCAGGAGACCAUGCGCGGCACCUUGAUCUUUGCGGGCAGCUCCUGCCCGGACCUCACAGACAAGAUAUGCCACAACCUGGGCAUGGCGCGGGCAGAUGCCGAGCUCACGCAAUUUUCCAAUGGCGAGACAAGCGUGCGCAUCCUCACCAGCGUCCGGGAGAAGGACGUCUUUGUCGUCCAGUCGGGCAGCCCCAAGAUCAACGACACAAUCAUGGAGCUGCUCAUCAUGAUCUCUGCCUGCAAGGGAGGCUCGGCCAACAAGAUCACCGCGGUGUUGCCUUACUUCCCCUACAGCCGCCAAUCGAAGAAGAAGCCUCAUAGGGGAGCCAUUACUGCGAGAAUGCUGGCCAAUCUCCUCGAUGUCGCGGGCGUGAAGCACGUCGUCACGGUCGAUCUUCACGCGUCGCAGAUGCAGGGCUUCUUCAAGUGCCCCGUCGACAACCUCCACGCGGAGCCCCUGAUCGCCCGCUGGAUCCGCCGGAACGUGCCUAGGUGGCAGGAGGCGGUGGUGGUAUCUAAGAACGCCGGCGGCACCAAGCGGGUCACCUCGCUCGCCGACGCGUUGAAACUCAACUUCGGCAUGGUGACGACGGACAAGAAGAGGGGCCCCAGCAUGGCGAGCAUGGCGGCCAGCAUGAUGGGCUACCCAAUGGACGGGAUCGAGCGGCAGCCGGUGCUCGACACGGCCGGCAACCAGGUGCGUAACAACUCAUCGGAGCCCGAGAGUGAGACACCCGCCGCAGAGAGCGGACGAUCGCAAGAUUCCCGCAUGGCCGCGGAUGCUCAAGGAUCGCCACGGAUGCGCGCUAACGGCACGCACUCGCGAAACGCCGCCAAUCGCAACUCCCCGCCGAGGCGGUCGCAAACCAUGCUAUCCCAGUCGUCCGUCAUCGACGAGCUCGACGAGGAGCACGAGGCAGACGGCCUGGAGUACAACGACCAGCGCGCCCACGAGGUGACGCAUGGGCGGUUGGUGCAGGGCCACAUCGUGCCGGACGAUUUCCAGUCGCCGGCCACGUCGGUGGCCGACACGAGCGUGCCCGAGGAGGAUCCCAUGGCCAUGUCUCAUGCUUCUUCCUUCUUCGCGCCCCAGCCGCACGCGCUGGGCGGGUCCGGGGACGGCGGGGCCAGCUCGGAUGAGGAGGACGACAUCCUCAAGGACCCCAAGGUCGAGCACACCAUCACGCUAGUGGGCAACGUGAGGGACCGGACUGUGUUCAUCGUCGAUGACAUGAUCGACAAGCCCGGUUCGUGGAUCGCAGCGGCCGAGACGGUGGUUAAGCGCGGCCGUGCGAACAAGGUCUACUGCAUCGCCACUCACGGCGUCUUUGGAGGAGACUGCCUGGAGCAGAUGCAAGCAUGCGACUGCAUCGACACCAUCGUGGUGACCAACAGCUAUCCGAUCCCGGAGGACAGGGCGCGCAAUGCGAGCAAGCUAGUGGUGCUCGACCUAUCCUUCCUCCUGGCCGAGGCUAUACGGCGGAACCACUACGGCGAGUCCAUGUCGCCGCUGUUCCAGCACCUCAUGGAUUAAUACGGAUGACAUAAUGACGAUGUAUCAUGGCACGAUUACGGCAGGUCGCGUCUUUUCUUUUUUCUCUUUUUCUCCUGCCGGCGCUUUACUUGGCCAUCGGUGGCCACACAGAGGCCCCUUCUCUCCCUCCCUCCGAGGCAUGAGCAGUGUUUGGGUUACUGCUAGCGUUGGCGUUGGGCGAAAUACAGACGGCGGGUGGCGCUCUUUUUGACUCGGCACACCAGGACGGU